CCCAAAGCCCAAGUGGUCCAUGAAUUCUCUCUCUCUCUCUCUCUCUCCCGACUUCGUCGAGGGCACGCCUUGACCACAGCUCCGUCGCCAACACAUAAAACAAUUAUUUAGAGAAAGAGGCACUAGCAGUUGGCCAGAGAGAGAGAGAGUAUGACCGGGAGGAAAUGGGGGAGAUGGCUCAAGCUGAAACUGAAGUUUACGCCACGAGGAGUGUUCAAGUGUGGAAGACUGUGUUGAACUGGCUUGCUUUCUUCUUCCACAUCUUCCUGCAGAUCGUCAGAGGCACCCCUUCCCUGGCUCAAGUCUUUUCCUACAUCGGCCUCGGCCACCAGUCUUUGCUCCCCUCCGAUUCGUCUUCUUUCAAGCCCUUGCCCGUCGUCGAAUUGCCGGAAUCUCCGGAGUCCGCCGCGGCGCUUGAAAUUACCGCCGGAGCUCUCGCUGUUCCCGACGAGAGCGAUCAUCUCCCGAUCCAGAGGCUUACGGUGGUUCUUGAUUUGGAUGAAACUCUAGUUUGUGCUUACGAAACAUCUAGUUUACCUGCCAUAGUUCACCAUCAAGCUACAGAAGCUGGAUUGAAAUGGUUUGAGCUGGAUUGCCUAUCUUCGGAAAAGGAUCGUGAAGGCAAACCCAAGGUGAACCAUGUUACAGUGUUUGAACGUCCCGGAUUAGGAGAAUUUCUAAAACAACUCAGUGAAUUUGCAGAUCUUGUGUUAUUUACUGCUGGUCUUGAAGGUUAUGCCAGACCCCUGGUUGACAGAAUAGAUUUUGACAAUCGUUUUAGUCAUAGACUAUACCGGCCUUCAACAAUUAGCACUGGAGGGAUGGGAAUGUGCUUCAGCAUCCCUCUAACAGGGACAGCAUGUGUCGCUGUAAACCUUAUAGGGAUGAAGCCGGGCACCCCUUUUCUGAGAGAUGCCUGCACAGAUGCUGGGCUUCCCCUCUUCUGCAUCCUCAAAAAGGAUAACCUUGAUGCUGGCCACUACCAACUGGUAUUCCAAAUGAAAUGGAACAUGGAGAGUUUUGUACUGGAUUUCUUCCGGAAUAAUACAUACAGGCCAGUACUGAAUGUAUUUCACAGCUAUGAGUGGAAUUACAAUUAUAUUGAAUCUGGGAACUAAUUUUGUUUCAUUCCAAGUGCUCAUCUGAAAAUCAUGAUAAGAAGUGGCUAUGCUAAAAUAGGAUGAUAUCAUUUUACUGCAAGCUGACCAUUUUUUUCCCCAUAUAUUGGUCAGUUCUUGACUUCCUAGAAACAUGAACUUACAGCAUUUCUUGGAGAUACCUUUGUAAAAAUAAACCUCUUUGAAAUUAUAUAUAUUACAACGAAAUAUUUGUAAUUAUGAUAAGGAUGAAAACAAUUGUAGGUACCACAUUUUAUUGAUCCUUGCUGAUGAUGAAAGCUACCGCAUAAGCCAUAGACAAAAGUCUUAAGGUGUUAUUUUUGUAAUGAAUUGAAUCUGACAGUAAAAGAUACAGUUUGUCACAGGCCAACAAAUACUAAAGAAAAAAAAAAAGUGAAAUGAGGCACUGCCUUUGGUUCAUGAAGGCAAAGAUCUCCAAUUUUUUGUCUACCUUAGCUUUGUGGUCACAGUAAAUCUACAACCUGAAGUACCUUAGGCAUUAUUUGGUACAUAAUUCCUAGACUGCCUGAAUUAUCUCAUCAAUCUUAUUGAUGUAUGGGGUUGGUCUGUUGUCCCAUAGAUUUGAUAAACAUACCUAAUUUUAUUUGGUUUCAAAAUGAUGGUGUGCCAAUCUAGUAGUGAUUGGAAGGACUUGGCUUCUAAAUUCUAUUCUAACUAUUGCUUGGUACAAGCUAAAAUUGAGUAAGUGUUAUAAUGGUGAUGUUCUUGACAAUACUUUGGGAAAUGCCAAUGGCUUAUUCAAAUUGUAAAAUGCUAGGGGAGGUGGGCAGGCAUGAUGCAUGAGGGAAUCAUGUGUAACAAAUCUGAAAAAUGAUACCUAGUUUGACAAUUUUUAAUGAACAUACAAGAUUUCCAAUUUCGGACAGACUUAUUAUGUGAAACAAGAGUGAAAGCAGAUAUUUUAUGUUUGUAGACUUAUUAAGUACGAUUUUCUUUUUGACUUGUAAUAUAAAGAGUAAAGCAAGGAAUUUCAUUUCAAUUCUAUUAGAGAAGACAACAGUGUCGCUGAUGAGAAAUUUGAAUUAUUGAAUUUUAAUCUAAUUAGAAUUAACAUUUAAUAGCUUUUAUGAUACGAUUUUAGUAGAUUUUGUUUGAAUUUGUAGUUUGGAUUUAAAUAAGUUUUAUGAUUGGAUUUUAUCCUAUAAUAGUUUUUCUUGAUGUAACAAAGAUGUAGUUGAUUUUGGAAUAAAAAUUGUUGACUUUGUCACUGAAAUCUCUUGCUCUCCCUCCCCUCUCCCUCUCCACUACUUCGCCCUUCCCCAAAUCUUCUUCUCUUUUUUCCUCCCUUAUCUUCCUGCCUCUUCUCCUAAUUUCUGCUAGGGUUUUCCUCUGUCCUGCUUCAGUUCCUCUGCUUCUUUGCCUGCCAAUUGAGGCUUCUGGUCUCUAAAUGCUGGCUCCUGAAGUUUUGGUUCUUUUCAAUGUUUGUGCAUUUCUUCCUUGCCUCUCCUUGGCAGGCUUUAAUGGAGGCAUGUGCUCUUUUCAGUUGCUGAAAUUCAGAGUCGCAAAUGAGCCAAGCCAUUCGUGAGUGGCUUAGUGUUCGACUCGAUAAAAGCUUGUUUGAGUUCGUUCGUUAAGGUAAAUGAGUUGAGUUUGAGCCUAACUUUGAAGCUCAAUUUUAAACGAGUCGAGCUUGAAUUUAGUAAAAUUCGGCUCGUUAAAGCUCUCAAUAAUAUUCGAUUAGAGGCUCAUUAAUACUAAAAAGCUUGAUUAGAGGUUCGUAAACAUACUCGAUUAAAAGUUUGCAAACAAUUUGUGAACAAGCUCGCUUAUAAUAUUUAUAAUGUUAUAUAUAUUAUUUAACAUAAAGUUAUUAAAUUUUAAAUUAUUAUAAUAAUAUAAUUAAAUGGAAUAUGUUUAAAAUUAUUAUAUAUAUUUAUUUAAUCAUUUAACAUAAUAUAAUAUAUGCUUAUAUAAUAAAGCAAAAUAGCAAAUUAGGUUUAAGCAAGAUAACAGGUUCCGACAAGCCUAAGCUCGAGUUUGCCAACAGGUGCUCGAGCUAAGCUUUAAGGCUCAAGCCAAGCUUAAGCUCGAGGCUAGAAAUUGGCUCGUGAGCUGAUCCUGAGCUCAGCGAAGCUUGGCUCAGCUUGGUUUGAUUGCAUCCAUUCUUACGAUUGCAAGCUUCUUGUUAUUUCUCCAGAUUUGGUUCUAGCUUGAAAAGUUAAUUGAAAUGAGUUAUAUCUUUCUACAAAUUUGUUUUAUGGAAUGAUAAUAUGCUAUGGUACGUAGCCUGUCUAGUAUCUGUCUUCCAUAAUACAUUUGAAUAAAGAGAAAGAACAGCUACUCUAAUUGAGCAUGCCCCGAGCUAGCAUAUAUGAAAUUCAACUUACUAGAUUUCUGCAAAUAGACUGACCGUGUAUGUUAGACUUCAGGCAUACUUGGUCCAGAACUGGUGAGGGUGGUGGUGUGGUUUUAUGCUAUGUGUUAUGCUAAAACAUCAGGUUAGUCUGGUAACUGAAGAAAAUUGAGAUCUGUGAGUAGAUGGGGACAACCAAUAUAACCUACAAGUGGUAUGCAGUGCUUUUUCUUUUUUCCUGUUGAAAUGCUUUCUCAAUGAAUUAGUAUUGGUCGGACUGUUUUGACUUCUCAAAUGUACAUAUGGUUCAAGAUUAAGUUGUUUGGCCUGGUUGUAAAUCACAGGGAAUACCGCGAACAUGUGAAAGAU